AUGGCAGCCCCUAAAGUACGUUUCAUGACCAAAAUUUAUCAUCCUAAUGUAGACAAGUUGGGAAGAAUAUGUUUAGAUAUUUUGAAAGAUAAGUGGUCCCCAGCGCUGCAGAUCCGCACAGUUCUGCUAUCGAUCCAGGCAUUGUUAAGUGCUCCCAAUCCAGACGAUCCAUUAGCAAACGAUGUAGCGGAGCAGUGGAAGACCAACGAAGCCCAAGCCAUAGAAACAGCUAGAGCAUGGACUAGGCUAUAUGCCAUGAAUAAUAUUUAAAAUCGAUCUGAUCAUCCAGUGUGCAUCAUUUCUCCUGUUCUGCCA